CAUGCUCCGUCUCCAUGGGUGCCGUUCCAGAGAAGCAACGGCGACGUGACGCGGCUGUCCACAGCUUGCGACGAGACUACUACGACGGGACAGCAGGAGCGUUAGCGGCUGCUGGGACGACAGUGUCUUUGGGUGCAGCUGGGCCCGAUGAAGAAGUCAGUCAGGCACCUUGUGUUGCUGACGACUUGGUGGUUGAAGAGAAGAUGUACUUUGAGCACGACAAGUCCUGUCGUGGCAACGACUUGGAGACAACAGCACGCCGAACAACGCUUGUCCACGUUGGCGGUGCUGACUUCAACUACACAGGAUCAAGAGCGGUAGUCAGCUGCCAUUACAUGAAGCAGGAUCCUCUGUUCCCUCGAUCUGGGAUAAUGGUCGUCGACCUGGCCUCAGAGACUAGGCCCAUUCGGCAGUGUUGACAAGCAGAACAAGUCAACAGCUAGACACAGUUGUUGUUACAGCAUCGGCCACAGGUCGUCGAGCGGAGACACUCUACUACAACUACUUGCUGAGGCCAAGCUACUGUCGGGGUGGUUCUCGUCAGUACUGCACAGCAGUCUUUCUCAACUCUUCAGCAGUGAGGUUGGACAUUUAGCUGACGCAUCUCCAACAAGAGAGACACUUAGGUGUUCAACCAUCCAUCAACCUGUACUCCACAGUAUGCGGCUUCUGCGCAGGAGCAGACUAGUCCACUUCCUACGGCGGUGGCGGCAGGCGUCUGUAGAUCCCAGGACCCUACAGUGCGUGAAGGGGUACAAGUGGGAGCAGAUCGCCACAAGACGGUGUGGCUUCUUCUUUCCUUCCACAGGUUACCCCACAUGAGUGUGGUAGGUAAGAACUUGCUUACCAGGGGUGUGAUGGAACAACUUCCGUAUCACCCGUUUACUUUUUUCUUGCCUUUUAGACAAGUUUUUUCUACAGGUUCGUCUUUAGGAUGCCAUGUUGGGUGUUCCUGAACACCUCAUCCAGCUGGGAGACUGUGGGGAAGGUCAUCAGAAGGAUGCUUCUUCACAUCCCAGACGUAGAGAACCGGCAUCGCUGGGGGUUCCAGCGGGCGUUUCUUCCGGCUCGUUGUCUCCUUAUUGGAGUCCCAACGGCGCACAGCCUUCAAUUGUUUUGAAGGUGUUCAUCCCUGAACUGAGUGGAUGUUGGUCCUGGCUAUCGUCUGGAGGGCUACAUGGACGGUGGCAACUGUUGACAACUAGAGUAUGGAGCUGCUCUCACCUUAUGGUUCUUUCCGAGCAGAGACAGCGCAGAUCAUCUUAUCGUCUUUCUGGACGACAACUGUUGACAACUACAGUCAACAACUGCUCUCAACCCUGGUUUCAUCCCGAGAGUCGACGCAGCAGUCGGCUUGACGCUAUGCAGAGGUCAACUUGGUCCCUGACUACAAGGUGCUGGAGUCACAGCAUCUAGCAGACAACUUUCUGUCUUCAGACAGAAUCAUCUUGGCAGAGAAGUUGGCAGCUUGACGAGGAGAGCGCAAGACACAACAGUGUCAGUUGGCACACAACUCUCGUCUCUGCACUUCAGAAGUCUUCAGGUGUCUGCUCAUCGCAGUUCCUCAAGUGACAAGAGGAACUCAGCUUCUUGGGCUGCCGUCAGAUUCAGCUCAGGUACGCUGAAGUCUGGUGAAGACAUCAGUUGUACAGUCACGACUACAGUGCAGCCCUCGGCACCUCGGCAGUUCUUCAGCAGCACUCCCGCAGGAAGACGCUGGUCUGUAGAAGAGAGGUCAGCACACAGUCGGGACGGCAGGACACCUCCUCAUCUGUCCUUGGUUUCUACAAGGAGAUGGUGAGCGGACACAGUCUGCUCUUACAACUCAACAGUGAUGGCUCAACUGAAUCAUCCAGGAGGUGCAAGAUCACCGUUUUGCUAAGGGUGAUCUUUGACCUGUGGCAGUGGUACACAGACAGAGAUGGUCUGUAUCAGCACAGCACUCCCCAGAUGGGGAUAUGUGUGACAGGAUGUCGGCUCCCGGCAUUACCUGUAGCCACGACUUGGACUCUAGAUCGACAUACGUUCUUGAGUCUUCAGACGACAUUUCCACUACUCUUAAGGGGGUGGAUAUGUUCGCAUCCUGAACAACUCCAGCUACCACUGUAGGUUGACUCUGGACCGGCUAACGUCUAGAGUUUUCAGAGUCCUUUUCUACUUGGUGGGAAGGUGGAUCGGUUCACACUCCAAUCAAGCCAACAUCUAUAAAUGAAACGACUGAAGGCAGAUGUCUACCUUCUGCCCAUUCUUCUGAUUGUUUGGACAAUCUGGUAGGUACAACAGGAUGAGGUUCUCACACCUACUUCUCAUCACUCCAGAUGAGUCACAGCAGUCUACUACUCACACCUGCUGGAGAUGUAAGUCGAAGAACCAGUUCUGCUACUCCUUCACAUCUACUGUCUACUAUCUUGAGUGCGACUCACUCAGAGGUAGAGUGGCUUCAACAAGCCGCACAGCAUGUUGCCGGUGACAGUACAGUCAGUACAGACUUGUGCCAGCACUACGCAGGUUCCUGAGGGCGUACUGGGGUUUUGGAAUACAGUUUCAGUAUUCCUCAAUUUUUGUUACAACUUGAGUAGCUGGUGCAGUCAGGAGGACUAGGGUCCCUGCAUCUCUAACAAACUGCUGGUUUUCUUACAGUUCUUGUGUGAGAAGUUUUACGGUCAGGACCUUGUUCUCUACAGAUCUUCAAUCUACAAUGCAGAAUGUCAACCUUUAGGAACACUCCUACUGGUAAGGCGUUUCUUGUGAGAGACGGCCAGCUUUACCUAAGUAUGUUUCACAUGGGACAUUGGUAAAGUUUUCUAAUAAUGUUUUUUUUCCAGGAGAUCCUGUCACUUCAGCUUGUUCAUUAAUCAUUAUUUUACUUGGCAG